AGCAGCCCCGAUUGGCGUGCGUCAAGCACCGCCGCCGGUAGGGUGCUGUCCACACAUACACACGCACACCUUUAGACGACCAGGCAGCGCGAGGCAGCUACUGUGGUGUUCGCUCCGCUAUCAGUUCAGUUGCGGUUGAGGUGUCGUACGUGUUGGGCGCACCGUAAAAAACGCUAAACAGCAGCAAGCUUUGACAAAAUUCUGAACUACUUAGAUUGUGUUUGUGCUUUGAAGUGCGUUUUGCAGGCGGAACAUUCAAAAAGCUAACGGAAUUUCGCAGAACGUCGGGUCUGAAAUAACUUCCCACCUACUUUUUUUGCUAAAAAAAAACACGAUUUGAUUCUCAAAAGUGAAAGCGCAGUUGGCAAAGCGAACGUAGUGUAAAUAUUUGAGAGUGUGUCAGUGUCUUGAUGCAACUCUGUUUGCAUUGUAAAUGAGUGCAACUCCUGUCAAAGGAGAGUUUCGCGCACAAAAAGCGCCACACACCGUGAAAAGUAAACAACCGACCGAGCGAAAGUGAAAAGAAAUUUGAAAUUUGAUUUCGAACUACGCGCAAGGAUACGCGCCGCCGAGCGCAGCAGGACCGCCGACGAACGGGCGGCGAAGUGCGUCGUGCUCCACUUAUGCUCGUCAGCAAAGGAGGUCGUAAAGUAAGCAACGAUCAGCAAAGGCAGCGUUAUAAAUUAAAUAAAUACAACAACAACAAACGUGCAAGCGUAACGCUGAAAACAAAAACAACAAAAUUAUCAAAAAAUUUUUAAUAUAAACAACGAGAGAAUUUCAAUUUUAUACCAGCCAGUGAACAUAUCUCACAAGCGCCACAAAAAGUGAAGAAAAAAUAUUUCGCAAAAAUAUAAGAAAAAAAAAUAAACAAAAAAAAAAAACAUUUAAAAAAGCAUUGAACACCACUGCACUGUCUGUUGAAAACGCUGUGAAACGGUCAUGCAUGAUUUGUGUAUCACCAUUGUGGAGGAGCAUACGAAACGAGUUUGUCGAAAUUUCGCAUUGACGCACACGCGUCGGCGCACCAUAACCAUUGAGGAGGAGCAGGCGCCAACUAGACCACAACAACAACAGCAACGACAGCAGCAGAAACAGUCGAAGUUGCCACCAAUUACAAAGUUGAACGCUAAAACAACAACAUCGACCACCACAACAACCACCAAGGGUCCCACCACCACCACCAAUAAGCGCAUUACACGCGAGUACGUGCUGCCCAGCUCCACGCCAAGUGAGUCCACUUCGUUGACCGUAGCGGUGCCCACCAGUUCGCGCAUCAAAGUGUGGGCCGAGGAGGACGACGAUCAGAAUUUGUUUUUGCAUAUUAAAACGCUGCGUGGCGAUAAGCGUGGCGAGGCGUCGCCUCAGCAACACAGCAUUUGAUAUACAGAUUGCGAACGGCCUACUAGGAAGGCGCAGUCGAAGAAGGGUUACAAGCUGGUGAUCGACUUGGAUUAAAGGCGAGGCUUAGGAGCUUAUACAGUUUACGGAAACAUAAUUUAUUAAGUUUAAUACCAAUUAAUCUCAAAUCCUACCAAAUCAACUCACAACCAGAAAACACUUAAAUCGCAUACUACUUUUAUAAAAAAUCACUUAGCACCUCGCAAAUUUCAAUGCAAACCGCUUACUGCGCUUAUUAAUAAUA